AUGGAUGAUCUGACAGUGACGACUGAAAGUGUGAUCAGUGCAAGAUACGUACUCAGGAGUCUGAGCAAGGCAGCCAGCUGGGCUAGAAUGAAAUUCAAAGCCAAAAAGUGCAGGAAACUGGUGAUGCGAAGGGGGAAGAUCUGUGACAAGUUGCAGCUAGAAGUGCAGGGGGAAAGAAUCCCUGCAAUUGCGGAGCAGCCCAUCAAAAGCCUAGGGAAGAAGUUUGAUGUAACAUUAAGUGACAAGAAGAACAUUGAAGAAUUCAAGCAACAGAUACGAGACGGGCUAGAAGCCAUUGAGAAUAGUGAACUCCCAGGGAGAUACAAAGUAUGGUGCUACCAGUAUGGAUUGUUACCACGAGCAGUAUGGCCGAUGACCAUGUACGAUAUACCCCUUACAGUUGUGGAGGAAGUAGAGAGGAGGGUGAGCAGACAUCUGAGAAAGUGGCUGGGGGUGCCUCCAGGACUGACGAGCAUAGGAUUGUACAGCAAAACAGCCAAACUACAGCUGCCACUAACGUCAAUGGAAGAAGAGUAUAAAGUGACGAAGGCAAGAGCCCAACUAAUGUUACAGGAGAGUCGAGACGAGUUGGUUAGCCAGGCAGGAAUAAGACUAAGAUCAGGAAAGAAGUGGGCAGCAGCAGAAGCAGUCGCCAGCGCAACAAGUAGACUUAAGCACAGAGACAUCGUGGGAGUAGUAGCUCAAGGCAGGAGAGGGUUUGGAGCAGGAAGGGAAGGAACCCAGAGAUGGGGUACUGCUAGCCCAAGGGAGAGGAGGGAACUGAUCCAGAAGGAAGUUAGACAGCAGGAGGAAGAGGUUCGGAGAUCAAGAGCAGUAAGCCAGGGGGUUCAAGGAGCUUGGACAAGAUGGGAGGGAGUACGAGAAAGAAAGGUCAUGUGGAAUGAACUCAUGUAUAGUGAACCCUUGAAGAUAAGAUUCCUGCUGAAGUCUGUUUACGAUCUUCUGCCAACAGCUGCAAACCUGAAGAGGUGGAGGAAGAAAGAUGAAGACAAGUGUGAGCUCUGUGGCAAGACAGGGAACCUUAGCCACGUCCUAACAAGCUGUCCGGUUGCACUAGGCAAGGGGCGGUACACCUGGCGCCACAACCAAGUCCUGAAAGUGAUAGCCAGUGCAGUAGAAGAACAGAUAACGGAGAAUAAGGUCAAGGGAAAACAGAGGAAGGGAUUGCAGUUCAUCAGCUUUGUAAAGGAGGGAUGGAGAGGAAAGAGUAAAGAGAAGAAGGAAAGAGAGCAGAUAGGAAUCAUAGCAUCAGCAAGUGACUGGUCCUUACAUGCUGAUCUUGGCAAACAACUGGCUUUCCCGGCAGAUAUCAUCGACACGAACCUAGGACCAGACUUGAUCCUGUUUUCUAGGAAAACGACCCAGGUAGUGCUGCUAGAAUUGACUGUUCCCUGGGAAGACAGGAUGGAAGAAGCGAACGAGCGGAAACGAAUGAAGUAUCAGGAACUGGUGAGCAGAUGUAGAGAGAAAGGUUGGAAGACCUGGUACUUCCCAGUGGAAGUAGGAUGCAGGGGUUUUAUAGGACAGACCUUGUGGAAGGCACUGGGACAGUUAGGAUUAGCAGGAAAGAAGAGGAGAGAAGUAACUAAGAGAGUCACCAAGACCACCGUCGAUGCCUCACUCUGGGUAUGGACACUGAGGAAUACCACCCAAUAA